UGUUACAGACGGGGCGUGCGACGAGCGUGCGGGUGCGCGUGUGUGCUUCGUAAGUGGCCGUUGGAAGAUGUGCGUGCGCGUGCAACGAAAUCGGAAGCGUCGUACGACGACAGGACGCCAAGUACGCACGCCGACGAACACAAGUCGACGUGACCCCGCGACCGCGAUUUUUCGCAAUCCCUCUGAUCUCGUUUUUACUGCCUAUCUACGUCGUCUCUUCUCAAAAUCCGCCGUCGGUUGGCAGAUGCGAGCGCGUUUCUUCAACCGCGACUUCUUGACUCCCUCGCUCGUGAACUGAUGACAGAGAUCAUGCCGGAACAGUCGGCAUGAUCGUCUUCGGCGCGAGCGCGAAACUCCUUCCAAAACUUUUGGAGGCGAGGAAACUCUCGGACCGCAUAAAAGAGCGCGAAUCGAGUUGUGUCUCCUCUCGAACUCCACGCCACCGCUACACGCGCGCGUGCGGGUGGUGAGACCGUCGAUCGGGGGCGAAUGAUGAGACACGCGCGCGAGUGACACAAACAUGAGAAACGCCGAGAGAUGAUGCUACCGAAUUGGACGAUGACAGCCUUGGAAUUUCGAUAUGCAGUAAUGUCAAGUCUGCUUUCAAAACAGAGCGGUAGGAAAGGUGAGAAAUUUACGUUGACUUUAUUGCGAUAUUAAAAAAAAAAAACAAAACAAGAGACGGGAGGCGCGAAACAUAUGCACGAGAAAAUCCGAGAGAGCAAAGUGCAUCGCGAAGAAUUUUCGCUCGCUUCGGCGUCUGACGAAAAUAAUCGCAGCGGAGAAGAGAGUUUUUGGUAACUUUGAUAAAGACCCUCGUAAAUGUUUAAAUCCGCGUGCGCGAAUGCGGCAUCUUGUAAUUUACGUACACAGAGUGUAGAACAUAAAAUAAGAAUCUGAAAACAAAUUUGAAAACAAAUUUUUCUCCUCAGAAUAAUCAAAGAGAGGAUCCGGGCGCGGAGGUGAAACAUUUUUAAGAUUUAACACAUUUCGCCACUUUAUUCUUCGAAACAAAUUCGCGAAUAUCGUUGCGGUUGCUCGCUAACGAGGUCACUGAGAUAUUCGUGUAUUUGAGAGCAAAUAUAUAUUGAAGAUUACAAUAUAAUUGUAAAUAAGAAAAAAAUGCGUGAGGGAAUUAGUGUCACGGGAACGCACACGUAUUGCUCGAAAAUGAACUUCUGUUAAUGCCGAUUGCACGUGAGACUCGACGGAGACAGAUAAAAAAAAAAAUCGGUUCGAUGAAAUGGAAUAAAUUUGACGGAAAGGAAGGUAAAUUAUUUUUCUUUUCGCGAGAAGAUCGCCGGGGAAGUGUUCAGUCGGACAAUCGUCCAGAAAACUGAACUAGACAAAAAAAAUGACAAUUACUUAAGAGGACGGUUUUAUAGAAGUAAGAAAGAAGACUUGAAGUGAUGUAUACAUAUAUAUAUAUAUAGCGAGAAAAUGGUUUUUCUAGAUUUUAAUCGGCUAAAGUAGUUUGAGGAAGUGAUCGCCAAAACAAGUGGUAUAUUUUUUCGACGAUACAAAGAACAUUCUUUCUAUUUCUACUCUUUUAUUUCUCUCGCAAAAGCAGAAAUGACCGCAAAGACAAUGGUCAAAGACGAUGAAGAAGUGUUCGAAUGAAGUGAAUUUUAGUCACGGAGAAACGGUAGACUAAACAGGAAAAUAUUAGCGUGUUUUUUUUUUUUUUUUUUUUUUAUUUAUUUUCAAGCAAGAUUCGCGCGUCUUUUGAAAUCUCGAAAGUGAAAAGCAGAGAAUCUAGAGAAGUUGCGUGACUGUGCGUGUUACAAAAAAUCUCACAUUUCGAAAUCCGGAAGCUCCGCGGAAGAUGUGAGGAAGAAGAAAAAGAAACGGCGUGAGGUCACAUUCCCGGUUUCCUGGAGAGAACGUUGUUCGGGAAAUCGCCGAAUUCACGGUCGCCGUUUUUCGAUCUUACAUUUGUUCGGUGGCAAGAUGCUGGACAUAUUUCGGGGUCUGAAGAGCCUUAUAAAGAUCUCGCACAUUCACAUCGACAGCGCCGUGUUUCGCUUGCAUUACAGCCUCACUGUGAUUCUGCUGAUUGCGUUCUCGCUGAUCGUCACAACUCGUCAAUACGUGGGCAACCCAAUCGAUUGCAUUCACAGCAAAGAUCUGCCCGAGGACGUGCUGAACACCUAUUGCUGGAUACACAGCACGUACACGAUUAUUUCGGCUUAUCACAAGAAAGAAGGCGCGGAAGUGCCUUUUCCCGGCGUCGACAAUUCGAAGUCGUAUACUGACGCCGAAAGAAAGGAGUACAGAUACUAUCAGUGGGUCUGUUUCAUGCUGUUCUUGCAGGCGAUCCUCUUCUAUACUCCGCGGUGGCUCUGGAAGGGGUGGGAGGGUGGCAAGAUUCAUGCUCUUAUGAUGGAUCUCGAUAUCGGGCUCUGCUCCGAGGUAGAGAAAAAGCAAAAAAAGAAAAUGCUGCUCGACUACCUUUGGGAGAACCUUCGCUUUCACAAUUGGUGGGCUUACAGGUAUUACCUGUGCGAGGUCCUCGCGCUGCUAAAUGUGAUCGGUCAGAUGUUUCUGAUGAAUCGCUUCUUUGACGGCGCUUUCUUGACCUUCGGCAUCGACGUACUCAAGUUUCUCGAAUCCGAUCAGGAGGACCGAGUGGAUCCUAUGAUUUACGUUUUUCCAAGGAUGACCAAGUGCACAUUUUACAAGUACGGUGUCAGCGGGGAAGUUGAGAGGCACGACGCCAUGUGCAUACUGCCUCUAAACGUCGUGAACGAGAAGAUCUACGUUUUUCUCUGGUUCUGGUUCCUCUUCCUCGGCGUGCUCAGUUUCUUUACAGUUUUAUAUAGGGUCUUAAUAAUAUUUUCGCCACGCACAAGGGUCUACUUAUUGCGAAUGAGGUUUCGUUUGGUACGGCGGGAUGCCGUGGAGACAAUAGUGCGUCGCAGCAAAGUCGGCGAUUGGUUUCUCCUCUACAUGCUGGGCGAAAAUUUGGACACCGUGAUAUAUCGGGACGUAAUGCACGAAUUGGCGAACAAGCUUGCAUCGAGGCAUCAUCACGGCUUGCCGGGAAUAAAAGGAGAAAUUCAAGAAGCCUGAUCGAGGUUGCCUCGGAAGGUCGGCACGCUCGAUUCGAUGCCGCAGUCAUUCCGCCCGUCUGCAUCGCGUAACAGUCGACACAUCCAGAGACGCAGGACGUGCGAUCGCAGUCAGAGUCUGAGAAGACAGGUCGGGUCUUCCUCGAGGAUUCACAAAUCUGGUCUCGUCAGAAGACGCAUCCGCUCCUCCUUCCGCCAACUGUUGCUUCUCGAGCUCGAAGCAAUGCGACAGCGAUAGUGCCGGAUGCCUCGCGGACAUGUUCUCUUUGUCAAAAUAACGAUGAAGACUUGCAGAGAGGAAAUGAAAAUUUUAAUACAUACGAGGUAGUAAGAAAACAAAAAACCAAAAAAAAAAAGAAAAAAAAGAAACACUUUCGAAAAUUGAAACCGAUAUUAUUUCGACGAGUCGAUCAGAAUUCAGAGAUAUCGCCGUUCAGACGGUAAAUUAUCACACUUUUGUGUUUAUAGAAGACGAUAUUCCGUCGAGCGUGUGUUUUACAAUUUAUUAUUAUUUCGAUGUAUUUUUAAGGCAGAACUGCGAAUUAAUUAAUAAGUUAUUAAUAAAUAUAUGGUUUUUAUUUUA